GCCAUGGCCCUGCGCAAGGAGCUGCUCAAGUCCAUCUGGUACGCCUUCACCGCCCUGGACGUGGAGAAGAGCGGCAAGGUCUCCAAGUCCCAGCUCAAGGUGCUGUCCCACAACCUGUACACGGUCCUGCACAUCCCCCAUGACCCCGUGGCCCUGGAGGAGCACUUCCGGGAUGACGACGAUGGCCCUGUGUCCAGUCAAGGCUACAUGCCCUACCUCAACAAGUACAUCCUCGACAAGGUGGAGGAGGGGGCUUUCGUUAAAGAGCACUUUGAUGAGCUGUGCUGGACACUGACGGCCAAGAAGAACUAUCGAGCAGAUAGCAAUGGAAACAGCCUGCUCUCCAAUCAGGAUGCCUUCCGUCUCUGGUGCCUCUUCAACUUCCUGUCUGAGGACAAGUACCCGCUGAUCAUGGUUCCCGAUGAGGUUGAGUAUCUGCUAAAGAAACUCCUGGGCAGCAUGAGUAUGGAGAUAGGCUUGGGCGAGCUGGAAGAGCUGCUGGCCCAGGAAGCUCAAGCAGUUCAGACCUCUGGGGGUCUCAGCGUCUGGCAGUUCUUAGAGCUCUUCAAUUCCGGCCGCUGCCUGCGGGGUGUGGGUCGGGACUCCCUCAGCAUGGCCAUCCAAGAAGUCUACCAGGAACUCAUCCAAGAUGUCCUGAAACAGGGCUAUCUGUGGAAGCGAGGGCACCUGAGGAGGAACUGGGCAGAGCGCUGGUUCCAGCUGCAGCCCAGCUGCCUCUGCUACUUUGGGAGUGAAGAAUGCAAGGAGAAGAGAGGCACCAUUCCACUGGAUGCUCACUGCUGUGUGGAGGUGCUUCAGGACCGCGAAGGAAAGCGCUGCGUGUUUUGUGUGAAGACGGCUAGCCGCACCUACGAGAUGAGCGCCUCAGACACGCGCCAGCGCCAGGAGUGGACGGCCGCCAUCCAGACCGCGAUCCGGCUGCAGGCGGAGGGGAAGACGUCGCUGCAUAAGGACCUGAAGCAGAAGCGACGAGAGCAGCGGGAGCAGCGCGAGCGGCGCCGGGCAGCCAAGGAGGAGGAACUGCUGCGAUUGCAGCAGCUGCAGGAGGAGAAGGAGAGGAAGCUGCAGGAGCUGGAGCUGCUGCAGGAGGCGCAACGUCAGGCAGAGCGGCUGCUGCAGGAGGAGGAGGAGCGCCGCCGCAGCCAGCACCGGGAGCUGCAACAGGCUCUGGAGGGCCAGCUGCGGGAGGCGGAGCAGGCCCGGGCAUCUAUGCAGGCUGAGAUGGAGCUGAAAAAGGAAGAGGCUGCCCGGCAGCGGCAACGCAUCGCCGAACUGGAGGAGAUGCAGGAGCGGCUGCAGGAAGCCCUGCAACUGGAGGUGAAAGCUAGGCGGGAUGAGGAGGCCGUACGCCUUGCACAGACCAGACUACUGGAGGAGGAGGAGGAGAAGCUGAAGCAGCUGAUGCAUCUGAAGGAAGAGCAGGAGCGCUACAUCGAGCGAGCACAGCAGGAGAAGGAGGAGAUGCAGCAGGAGAUGGCGCUGCAGAGCCGUUCCCUGCAGCAAGCCCAGCUGCAGCUGGAGGAGGUGCGGCUGAACCGGCAGAGGGCGGACGAGGACGUGGAGGCCGCCCAGAGGAAGUUGCGCCAGGCCAGCACCAAUGUGAAACACUGGAAUGUCCAGAUGAACAGGCUCAUGCGUCCGAUUGAGCCAGGAGAUAAGCGUCCGACCACCAGCAGCUCCUUCACUGGCUUCCAGCCCCCUCCCCUGGCUCGCCGGGACUCCUCUCUCAAGCGGCUGACCCGCUGGGGCUCCCAAGGCAACAGAACCCUUUCAGCCAACAGCAGUGAACAGAAGUCCCUCAAUGGUGGGGACGAGACUCCCACCCUGGCUUCUACCUCUCAGGAAGAUAAACUGGACCCGGCAUCAGAAAACUAGCCUCUGAUGACCCUUGUCUCCUGACGCUGUGUCUACCAGGACCUGGCUACAGCGGGCUGUGGGUGACUCCAGCCUCUGCAAACGGUCCUGGGGCUACGGGCCCGGGUCUGCUGACCAGAAGUCGGUCCAAGAUAGGAUGUGGUUGCCAUUCUCACCAGGUCCAGACCACAGAGGCUGUCUGGGGUGUUAAUGAUCAAGAAUAUGGUUCUGUGCUUCAGCCUCAAGGACCCUGUGACCAUGGCUGGGAAAGAAACUAGACAAUUAGGACAAAGGUCAUUUGUCCCCAAAGGUCAUCUGCCCUCUCCCCUCCAGACUACCACCAAGUCAUGGAGGCAUACUUCCAAAUAAAACUGCUCCCACCUG